GUAUAGAGUCGUCCGUGAAUCCGGAGAAAAGCGCCGCCGGUUUCCACUGAAAAACAAACGGAAGCAACAAUAGCGACGUUUGAAUUGCCCGCCGUAGCGACUGCGCCCCCCGGCAGCCGCCCCUUAUCGUACGGCCCUGGCCCCUUCGCCGCCAGGUGUCGCCGGCGAAUUUUCCCUCCGCGGCUCGUUUGCCCGUGAAACUCGGAAAAAUUUAGCGAAACCCGCUCGGCCAUCCUGGACAUCGCAAUUUUCCGCGUCUUUCGACAUUCAAAAAGUCCGCAACCUCGAACUGCCCAUCGUCAUCGGUUUCGAGGGCAGCUUCUCCGAGCGGGCCGCUGGGUGGAGCUGUCUCCCGCGUCGGCCGCCAUUGUGGUCCCGAGGCUGUUAGUGCGCCGAGCGAGUCUGAAGCGGUUCAUUCGUUGAGAGAGUGCAGCAGAUAACAACCGGGAGAAUGUCACAAGAGGCCGACGUUCCCACCUUCAAGUGCGUGCUGGUCGGCGACGGAGGUACCGGAAAGACGACCUUCGUCAAGCGACACUUGACGGGCGAGUUCGAGAAGAAGUACGUAGCCACUCUGGGAGUGGAGGUGCAUCCGCUCAUCUUCCACACGAACCGAGGGCCCAUCAGGUUCAACGUCUGGGAUACUGCUGGUCAGGAGAAAUUCGGUGGGCUCCGUGAUGGUUACUACAUUCAGGGCCAGUGUGCCAUCGUCAUGUUCGAUGUUACGUCUAGGGUGACGUACAAAAAUGUUCCUAACUGGCACAGGGAUUUGGUCAGGGUCUGCGAAAACAUACCCAUCGUCCUCUGCGGCAACAAAGUCGACAUCAAGGACAGGAAAGUCAAGGCAAAGAGCAUCGUCUUCCACAGGAAGAAGAAUCUCCAGUAUUACGACAUCAGUGCCAAGAGUAACUACAACUUUGAGAAGCCUUUCCUCUGGCUUGCGCGCAAGCUCAUCGGUGAUCCCAAUCUGGAGUUUGUUGCCAUGCCGGCUCUUCUUCCACCAGAAGUCACAAUGGACCCGCAAUGGCAGCAACAAAUCGAAAAGGAUCUCAAAGAGGCUCAGGAGACGGCACUUCCCGAAGACGAUGAAGACCUUUAGUUAUUUUCCAAGCGCAAAGGCAGGGCCUAUUACACAAGCAUGCGUCACUUGCGCAUGUUAACGCGUUUUUGUCUUUAAUCGGGUCGAAUUUUUUUCUGCAAAACUUUAAAUUACGGCACCUCAACCUUAAAUAUUUAUAUUCAAAUUUUCGCAAUACCCGCUGUGGGGGUUUUGUCAAACAGUCACGGGUAUUGCCGCAAAUUUGAAAGAGAAUCAUAAUUGCACUUCCAUGAAGUAAUUAGUAGCAAAAUUUGAGAAAUUUAAAAUUGCAGGAAAAACUUAUCGACUUGUAUUUAAAAGUUACAGCAUACCUCAGGCAACCUAUUUUAUUGUUUGGAAUUGUCUUUUGUUUAAAAACUUACCACCUAUCACAAAUGAAAUCCCAAGUAAUGUCUGUUUAAAUUGAAAAGCCUUAAGACAUUUGAUAAUUAAUGAAAUUUUCUAAUGCGAACAUCGCGUAUUGAAUUUAAUCGAUCGAUCAGUCUCGAGAGUACUUAUGCAUUACUCUUCAGUGCUGCAAUGUUUUGUUCUAUGUAAAAAAUACCGUCUAAAUGAGCAUGAUGCAGUUCACAAUACGUUGCGCCUGAUCGUGUCAAACCAAGGGACUGUUUACUAUUUUUAUAAGCAUCAGUGAAUCGUAUGAUUUGUCUCACUUUAAAUUAUAAAAUAGAAGCUUUUUGUACAACAUAGCCUUGUUUCUUAAUAGGAUUAUUGAUGCAAGUUGUUUCGAGAUUAUCUCAUUAAAGGUAAAAUAAAGAAUCAUAAAGUGCGUGUGUGUGAAUACUAGGAUUUCUAUGUAACGUGUUAACUGAAAUUUUGUUUCAAUGAAUGUAAGAUCGACGUGAUUGAGGCGAGUAUAAUGAAAUGGGUUCUUUUUCGUCGUGGAUGAGUCUGAUUGAAAGAUUACCUUGAACAGAUUGUAAUGUUGUCUGAAUUCAAUAAAUAAGAAACAAAGCUA